AUGAAGCUGUUACUGGUGGCCUUUGGACUGCUGAGUGCGAUCUCUUCCGUGGCGCACGGUUCAGAAGAAAGUGAUACAGCGAUUGCGCCACGAUCCUACAAGUACUACGCACAAAUGUGGUACCGCGUGUGGACGUUUCCGGUAACGAUGCUCAUUAAGGCGAAGGUGAUCGGCGGGAUCCUUUUUAUGUUGCUCUUCACCACGAUCAUGCAGGUGAUCGCCUAUCAGCGCAGUGAACCACAGCAACCGCAAAUCUACACCGUUCCUUCGCACUACGGCUGGGCGUAA